AUGAAGAAGAUGAGCAACAUUUAUGAGUCAGCUGCCAACACGCUGGGAAUCUUUAACAGCCCCUGCCUGACCAAAGUCGAGCUGCGUGUGGCGUGCAAAGGCAUUUCCGACCGAGAUGCCCUUUCCAAACCAGACCCCUGUGUCAUCCUCAAGAUGCAGUCCCAUGGGCAGUGGUUUGAGGUUGACCGGACGGAGGUGAUUCGCACCUGCAUAAACCCAGUGUACUCAAAACUGUUUACUGUGGAUUUCUACUUUGAAGAGGUCCAACGUCUGCGGUUUGAAGUCCAUGACAUCAGCAGUAACCACAACGGACUGAAGGAGGCUGACUUCCUUGGGGCCAUGGAGUGCACACUUGGCCAGAUUGUCUCCCAGAGAAAGCUGUCCAAAUCCUUGCUGAAACAUGGGAACACAGCAGGAAAAUCCUCUAUCACGGUGAUUGCAGAAGAAUUAUCUGGCAAUGAUGACUACGUUGAACUUGCAUUCAAUGCACGGAAAUUGGAUGACAAGGAUUUCUUCAGCAAAUCUGACCCAUUUCUGGAAAUUUUUCGCAUGAAUGAUGAUGCAACUCAGCAGCUUGUGCACCGAACUGAGGUUGUGAUGAACAACUUAAGCCCAGCCUGGAAAUCAUUCAAAGUGUCGGUGAAUUCCCUGUGCAGUGGAGAUCCAGACCGCCGGCUUAAGUGCAUAGUAUGGGACUGGGAUUCCAACGGCAAGCAUGACUUCAUUGGAGAAUUCACCUCAACAUUCAAGGAAAUGAGAGGAGCAAUGGAAGGGAAACAGGUGCAGUGGGAGUGCAUCAACCCCAAGUACAAAGCCAAGAAGAAGAACUAUAAGAACUCAGGCAUUGUGAUUCUGAAUCAGUGCAAGAUACACAAAAUGCACUCUUUCUUGGACUACAUCAUGGGUGGCUGCCAAAUCCAGUUUACAGUAGCUAUAGAUUUCACUGCCUCAAACGGGGACCCCAGGAACAGCUGCUCCCUGCACUACAUCCACCCAUACCAGCCUAAUGAGUACCUGAAGGCUUUGGUGGCUGUCGGGGAGAUUUGCCAAGACUACGACAGUGACAAAAUGUUCCCAGCAUUUGGGUUUGGUGCCAGGAUACCCCCAGAGUACACGGUCUCUCAUGACUUUGCAAUCAACUUUAAUGAAGACAACCCAGAAUGUGCAGGAAUUCAAGGAGUGGUGGAAGCCUACCAGAGCUGUCUUCCUAAGCUGCAGCUCUAUGGUCCCACCAACAUCGCCCCCAUCAUUCAGAAGGUUGCCAAGUCAGCGUCAGAGGAGACCAACACCAAGGAAGCAUCGCAAUACUUCAUCCUGCUGAUCCUGACAGACGGUGUCAUCACAGACAUGGCAGACACCCGAGAGGCCAUCGUCCAUGCCUCCCACCUCCCCAUGUCGGUCAUCAUCGUGGGAGUGGGGAACGCCGACUUCAGCGACAUGCAGAUGCUGGACGGUGACGACGGGAUCCUGAGGUCCCCCAAGGGAGAACCUGUGCUUCGAGACAUCGUCCAGUUCGUGCCCUUCAGGAACUUCAAACACGCCUCUCCAGCUGCCCUGGCAAAGAGCGUGUUGGCAGAAGUCCCAAACCAAGUCGUGGACUAUUACAACGGCAAGGGCAUUAAACCAAAAUGUUCAUCAGAAAUGUACGAAUCUUCCAGGACACUAGCACCAUGA